CAGCAUGUCGAUGCUUGCUUGCCAAUUACAGCGCUGAAGACAUUUCAAUGGCGUGAGAACAUACUUGUCUUCCAGGGCCAAGGUCCUUUCUUUCGGGUUGUUGAUGACCGUACUGGAGAUGUUGCUGCUCAAGUUCGGGUCUUCAACCGGAGUAAUGUGCAUGGGUUUCUUGUGCUUCCUCAUCAACUGCAAACAAUUGAAAAGCCUGAUCAUGUGUCAGUUAUAGCUUGGGGAGGGUGCUCAUUACGAUGCAUCGAUCUUCUCCUCAACCCGAGCCAGGAGGUUACUCUUCGUCGUUCUAGUGCGGAGCUCCAGGCUCCAGAUUGGAUCAUGAGUGGCUGUGCAGCUGUUGAAACUCAACCGGAUAUAGCAUACCUUGUCACGGCCAACAAUGCAAUCCUGAGAAUGAGGCUUAAAUACGGCACUUAUGCAAAUUAUAAUUCGACUAUUCAAGUCCAUCAGCUAGCAACGAGUGUAAAGUCUUCGUUGUUCUCCGCUGAUCUCAUUGCGCUCUCAGCGUCUCAUGUGCUUGUUACUGCAGGGACUGUCUUUGGUGAAAUCAUAGUCUGGUCUUGCUUCUUGGGUGAAAGUGGGCUUUCUCAAUCCAAGGCGGUCUCUUCUAUUCAUCACUUCUUCACUGGCCAUGAUGGAUCGAUUUUCGGAGUGCGCAUUUCACCAAAAAUUCCGGCUCUGAAGAAUGGACAGCCUGGACGGAUCCUUGCAAGCUGCAGUGAUGACCGAAGCAUCAGAAUAUGGGAUAUUUCGGACUGUGAGAACAAAACGUCAGCGGAUCCUUCCCCUUAUUCUUCUGAUGGCUUCGAGCUCCGAAGCACCGGUUUUCGUGAAGCUUCUGCAGAUGAUAUAGACGAGUCGUGUGUGGCCAAAGCAUACGGACACGCAGCUCGUAUUUGGAGCGUGAUAUUUCGCCCAUUGAGAUCAAACUCAUCCUCUACCGUGGGUCUCGUGAGUCGCGGUGAGGACUGCACUUGUUUUCUAUGGAAUUUAAGCUGGGAUUCAUCGUCCGGCGCCACAAAAUAUCAACUUCAUCAGACAGCCAAAAUCACCAAUCACAUUGGAAAGCAUAUAUGGUCUCUCGACCUCUAUGGUAAAGGAGACGAGACAUUCAUCUAUACAGGAGGAGCCGAUGGAGCAUUAAAAUGCUUCUCUGUCAAUGAAAACGCACCAUUAUCAGCAAAGGCAAAGAGUCCAUCUGGCUCGAAGAAGAAGUCGGCAGAUCCUGAAAGCUGCAAGAUUUUUGCAUUCACUGCUCCGGAUUGUUUUAUUGGCCAGUCACUGCGUAACGAGCUUGUCCUCGGAUAUGUGGGUAUGGAGGAGAGUUUCAACGUGACAUGGGAAACAAUCUGCGAUUCAGAUACUCUUCAUUCAGUAUCAGUGAUAACGGGAAUUCCACAGAAAGGAUUGGCAUUGGUCUGCAGCACUGAAGGAAUGGUGAGGCUGUACAACCACGGGAACAAAUCAAUAAGCAAUCUCCUGCAUUUGGGCUGUCGACCCCUUCGUCUAAUUGUCCUUGACACCACUCCACGGUCUGAAAAAUUCUCAUUUUUGGCUUCAUAUUCUCCCGAGAACUCUUCAAGAGAGAACCAGGCUACACUGGUGACCGUUUCCGGUGGGGACAGCAAUUUUCCGCGAGCCGACGCAACUGUGUUUAGUUUGCCACAGGCGCCAUACCGCAUUCAUUCUGCAUCAUUGAUGCAUGAUGGUCGAUAUUUGGUUAUGGGGUCAAGGCUUGGCGGCGUGGCUGUUUUUGAAACGGCGGGCCUUGGAUUGUCUUCCCAGCCUCUUUUUGACGAUCGGCGUGUCCACGGUAAUGAUACUACGAGCCAGAUGCGAACUAUCUCCUCUACAGAAGAAGACGGCUCAACACGAGAGUACUUAAUGACUUGUGGGCGUGAUGGAAAUUACUGCCUUCACGAACUGAUUGUUGGCGAGGAUGAAAAUGCCGUUGUUUUUCUUCGAACAAUACACCGGGUUUCUUCUGCCCUUGGGCCACAUCUCGAAGGUGUAUAUAUGGAUGACAGUGGUGACCUUUUCGUCUAUGGGUGCAGAGCCCAGAGCUUUGUUUUGCGAAAUGAGACUAAGCAAACGGAUGUUAUAUCUAUUCCGUCUGCGGGUGCGCGAAGAGGCUGGGACUUCCAAGCCCCAACAAAAGACAAAGACGGAUUGUUGCUUUGGAGAGAUGGGAAAGAAUUACACAGUCGUCGCAUUCGGACUGAUUUCAAUCGAGCUCUCCACCCCGGGGGUCAUGGGCGCGAAAUCAAGACCAUGGAUACUUUAAACACCUUCCAAGGCCAAGGACCCAUUUUUGUGACUGGGAGCGAAGACACUACUGUGCGCAUAUAUCGGCCAUUCAAUAUGUCAAGCACAAAGCCAUGGGGCCAUCUUGAAUGUUUAUGUGUUCUUGACGACCAUACAUCCGGAGUACAACAAGUGAGCUGGUCAAAAGAUGGUCAAUAUAUUUUCACUAGUGCCGCAUUCGAAGAAUUCUUUGUCUGGGGAGUACGCUGGAUUCCAACAUUUGGCAUGGCGACUGUCCAUCUAGCUUCUAGCCCGAAGGAUGACGCCAGUUCGGAUUUGCGCAUAACCAGCUUCGAUGUACUGGAAGUGGAGGAAGUUGAUAAUGGAAAGGCAUUUCUCUUUUGCCUAGCAUUUUCCAACUCAACAAUCAAGAUAUUCCACUUCUCGCCAAAAAGAGGAUUUCGAUUCACCCUUCUGGCUCGGGGCACCUAUAUGACAAAUUGCUUGACUCAAGCCCACCUUUGGGUGAACUCAUCGUCAGUCAGCCUUGUGACGGCCGCAACUGAUGGACAUAUUACUUUUUGGGACUUGACCAGCACUUUGAAACCGUUUUACACUAUUGGCUUCUCGGGUCUGAAAUCCAAACAUUCAUUCGAGGGAUUCGCUGUGUCUCCAGAGAGUAUCACUUGUGAGAGCAGAUAUAGGCUUCAUUCGAACAGCAUUAAAGCAAUGGAGCUGCUGCCCCUCGCUAAUGAUUCUGCCAUCAUUCUAGCUGGGAGUGACGAUAACUCUAUCUCGGUGUCUCUUUUGAACAUAGCCUCCACAAGUUCUGAUACGAGUGCUCAUCUGAGUACAGUAUCUAUUCCAGAUGCCCACACCGCAGGGGUGACAACUCUCAAAGCUCUUUGUGGGCAAACCAGUCCCGAAAGUGAUGCUACCAGACUCAAGAUUGUGACUUCCGGUAAUGACCACCGUGUGAAGGUCUGGUCUGUGACCGUGGAUUCUGCUGAAAAUCAAGACACGAAAAACAUCGAUAUUGAGCUCCUAUUGGACCAAUACAGUGCCGUAGCUGAUAUUUCGUCAUUGGGCUUUUUGAAGGAAUCAGGACCCCAAACAAGGACCGACUCAGGGGUUCCCCGCGAUUUGUACGGCAAGUUGAUACUCUCCGGUGUUGGUAUAGAGAUGCUGGAUGUCGUCUUGCAAUGA